GGGCCCAGGUACCCCACCCCUGCCCCAUGAGCCCCUGGGCUGAGGCAAGGCCUCUCUGGGAGGGGGCCUCUGCCCAGCUGUCUGACCCCUCAGCGUCAUGGGCAGGAAGCCGGGCAGCUCGCCUUACACGGCCUCGUCCACCUCUAUAUAUAGCCCUGCGGAGACAGCUGCGGAGACUGCGUGACCCAGAAGGAAAGCAGGGGACCAGCGAGAGCAGGCCCCCGAGCCACCCACCAUGACGCUGGGCUUGGAGCAGGCGGAGGAGCAGCGGCUGUACCAGCAGACGCUCCUGCAGGACGGGCUCAAGGACAUGCUGGACCACGGCAAGUUCCUGGACUGCGUGGUGCGGGUCGGGGAGCGCGAGUUCCCGUGCCACCGCCUGGUGCUGGCCGCCUGCAGCCCCUACUUCCGAGCGCGCUUCCUGGCCGAGCCCGAGCGCGCGGGCGAGCUGCGGCUGGAGGAGGUGUCCCCGGACGUGGUGGCCCAGGUCCUGCACUACCUGUACACGUCGGAGAUCGCGCUGGACGAGGCGAGCGUGCAGGACCUGUUCGCCGCCGCGCACCGCUUCCAGAUCCCGUCCAUCUUCACCAUCUGCGUGUCCUUCCUGCAGAAGCGCCUCUGCCUGGCCAACUGCCUGGCGGUCUUCCGCCUCGGCCUCCUGCUCGACUGCGCGCGCCUGGCCGUGGCCGCCCGCGACUUCAUCUGCGCGCGCUUCUCGCUCGUGUCGCGCGACGCCGACUUCCUCGGGCUCUCGGCCGACGAGCUCAUCGCCAUCAUCUCCAGCGACGGCCUCAACGUGGAGAAGGAGGAGGCCGUGUUCGAGGCGGUGAUGCGCUGGGCCGGCAGCGGCGACGCCAAGGCGCAGGAGGAGCGCCAGCGCGCGCUGCCCACCGUGUUCGAGAGCGUGCGCUGCCGCCUGCUGCCGCGCGCCUUCCUGGAGAGCCGCGUGGAGAAGCACCCUCUGGUGCGCGCCCAGCCCGAGCUGCUGCGCAAGGUGCAGAUGGUGAAGGACGCGCACGAGGGCCGCCUCACGGUGCUGCGCAAGAAGAAGAAGGACAAGGGGAAGGAGGCGGCCGGGGCCAAGGCCGCUGACAAGGGCACGGACAAAGCCAAGGCAGAGGAGGACGAGGACGAGGACGAGGACGAGGCGGAACGUAUCAUUCCCGGCAUCCUCAACGACACCCUGCGCUUUGGCAUGUUCCUGCAGGACCUCAUCUUCAUGAUCAGUGAGGAGGGAGCCGUGGCCUAUGACCCAGCAGCCAACGAGUGCUACUGUGCCUCCCUCUCCACUCAGAUCCCUAAGAACCACGUGAGCCUGGUGACCAAGGAGAACCAGGUCUUUGUGGCUGGGGGCCUCUUCUACAACGAGGACAACAAAGAGGACCCCAUGAGUGCUUACUUCUUACAGUUUGACCACCUGGACUCCGAGUGGUUGGGGAUGCCGCCGCUGCCCUCGCCGCGCUGCCUCUUUGGCCUGGGAGAGGCUCUCAACUCCAUCUACGUGGUCGGCGGCCGAGAGCUCAAGGACGGCGAGCGCAGCCUAGACUCGGUCAUGUGCUACGACCGGCUGUCGUUCAAAUGGGGCGAAUCGGACCCGCUGCCUUACGCGGUGUACGGCCACGCGGUGCUCUCCCACAUGGACCUGGUCUACGUCCUUGGCGGCAAAGGCAGUGACAGGAAGUGCCUGAAGAAGAUGUGUGUCUAUGAUCCUAAGAAGUUCGAGUGGAAGGAGCUGGCACCCAUGCAGACUGCCCGCUCCCUCUUCGGGGCCACCAUCCAUGAUGGCCGCAUUUUUGUAGCGGCCGGGGUCACAGAUACGGGGCUGACCAGCUCAGCUGAAGUGUACAGCAUCGCAGACAACAAGUGGGCAUCCUUUGAGGCCUUCCCGCAAGAACGCAGCUCACUCAGCCUGGUCAGCCUCGCGGGCACCCUCUAUGCCAUUGGUGGCUUUGCCACGCUGGAGACUGAGUCUGGAGAGUUGGUCCCCACAGAGCUAAACGACAUCUGGAGAUAUAACGAGGACGAGAAGAAGUGGGAGGGUGUCCUGCGGGAGAUUGCCUAUGCAGCCGGUGCCACCUUCCUCCCUGUGCGACUCAACGUGCUGCGCCUGACCAAGAUGUGACCAGCGCAGGGGGUCUGAACCGAGCAGCCCUCCCAUCCUGUGGCCACACAAGCCCAGGCUUCUAGGGGCUCCAGAGAGGAGGCCGGGAGAGGCUAGAGCCCACCUGGAUCCUGUUGUGCCACCAGGGCGCUGCUUCAGCAGGGGAGGGGAAUCGCUGCCCAGUCCUGGCCUUUCCAGCAGGGACCAGGAGCUUUGGGGCUCUCUGGUAUCUCCAUGUCCCUGGUCUCCUUGUUCCAUGAGCCAGAACCACAGGGAUGUGUUCCCAAGCUGCGUUCUAGGCCAGUCCCAGCCAGCCUGUGUGGAGGUGAAUUUACCCACAGGACUCUGUCUCCUUGCCUGUCAGAUGGGGAGUGUCCCUCUCAAGCGCACCCCGCAGCCUGGAUGAGUCACCUUCCUUAAGAGGAAUAAAGUGCCUUCUGAGCAAGUAGCUCAGGGUCUGAAAUCA